AAACCCAUUCUCUUUCUCUCACACACACGAACAGUUUCUAUUAGAGAAUCAAAAGAUCUUUUAAGCUCAAUUUUUAGUUGAAUUCUAUGGAGAACCAAAGUAAUGCUCUUCUUGGCUGGCCUUACUACUCUCACGCAAAGACAACAGAAGAAAUAAGACAGUCUCUAAUGUACACAACACUAGAGCUGGACCAAACAAAGAUGUUUGCUUAUGAAGAAAUAAGGAAAAGAGAUGAGCAAUUGAUCCAUCUCAAAGACAUCAUAACCAAAACCAUCAAAGAAAGAGACGAAGCUCUCGAGAAAUGUCAGCGUCUCAUGUUCGAUAAUCACUCGCUACAGCAACAACAGCAUAUGACUCCUCCUAUAUCUGGAGCUUCAAGCAUUGAAGACGAGCAAGUGCAGCCUCAACAACUAGGAUCCAACAAGAGCUUCUCAUCAUCUGAUUGUGAGGAGAGCAUUAUGUCACCCACUGAUCAUGUCAUGAAUCCACCACCAUCUCAGCUUGAAGAAGUGUCAGGAACUGAGAUUAUUAUGGAUCCAUUGUUUCCAGACAAACCAUUGCCUGAAAAGGGUAAGCUUUUACAGGCUGUUAUUAAGGCAGGACCUUUACUUCAGACACUGCUCUUAGCCGGUCCAUUACCUCAAUGGCGCCAUCCGCCACCGCCUCUCAAGAGCUUCGAGAUCCCUCCAGUCACAGUCCAAUGCCCAAUUGUCAACACUGGGUGUGGGAAAUUCAACAGGAAAAGAGUCUUCUCAGAUGGAUCCUAUUCAGAAGCUAAGUAUCAGAAAGUUCUUCUCCAUUGACCGGAAAUCGAAACAGUUAUGGCUACUGAUAUUUCUUCUUACUCAAGUAGUACUAAUAGUCAUCUAAUAUACCAUUACUUAGGUC